AUGACCGACCGGGAUCCCACGGCGACCAAGUCAUUCUGGAAGAGUAGUAACAAGGCGGAUAAAAACGCAUCGCAAAACAAUGUGACUUUUGUCCAGCAAGACCCAUCGGGUAGUGGGAAGAGAGGUGAGCGAUGCCAGCGGGAAAUGAUGGGUAGAGUAACAACUGAUCUUGAACGGCGCCAGGAAACCGCAUCAGCAAAUUCUUCAAACGAGAAGAGGCGGGAGCAGGUUUAUCAGGCGCAGAAACGCCACCGCAACCGCAAAGCCACCUACAUCCACUCCCUCGAAGCAGAAAUCGCCCGUCUCCAGUCCCUAGACGCGCAAGCGAACGUCGAGAAAAACGCUCUCGCGCACCAGAACAAGGCGAUGAAGGAGUUGCUCGCGUCGCACUCGCUGGACUUCCGGCUCGGGGAGAUGGGGCUCGAGGGGAAGAACGAUAGCGGGGACGGGCUGAGUAGUUUAGGCAGCGCAUCAAUCGAAGUCCGCCCGGACGAGCAGCUGGGUGGGAAAGACCGCACGUUUCUGGACUUUGGCGAGGAGAUGCUUUGGUCGACGGAGGGAUCUUCGACUACUAUUUCGCCGCCGCUGGGUCUCGAGUCAUCGGAAGGUCGGCAGCAGCAACAGCACCAUAAUCCGGACAGCUGGGCGGCGGUGGAUUUCAUCCUCGCGCUCGAGUAUCCCUGCCAGGAUCAUCUGCCGCAUCAUGGGAUCAAUCCCGCCGCGAAGCCUAUGUUGAUGGAGACGGAGGAUUCGGAGGGGUUUACGGGGCAUCAGUUGACGAUGACGAGUUGGGUUUAUGAUGCUGCGCAGCAAGGAAAUUCACAUGGUCAUUCACAUUCGCAUGGACAUACGCAUGGGCAUGAGCGUGAGGUUGCCAAUGGAGCUGGAGAGCAGAAGUGGAUGUUGCCGCAUACUGAGAUUGAGAAACUCAUCACCCUCUCUUCUAACCUACCCAUCGACGAGGAAGAAAUCACGCCUGCGCAAGCGUACUCCGUGAUUCGGGAUAGCGUCCCCAGCGAGGGACUGUUGAAGCCUUGUCUGGAAGCCUUGAAGGGCCCAUUGAGUGGGAUCGUGGAGUGUAGAGGUUUCGGGACGGUAAUGCCCACGGAUGUGUUUCGCAGGUAUUUGGGGGCGACUUUGGAAGGGCUGGGGGCAGGAAGGUCGUAG